GGGACAUCUGUUCGCAGUGCUUUUCGAAAGCUGAGCAGAUUUUUGGGCUACGCAGCCAUAGCGCGGCAGGAUGCUGUCCGACACUUUCGGAUCUCCUUGACGGGUUGCAGUUGCAGCAGUCUUGUUCGGCACUAGUGGUAGUCUGUCUCCACCCCCAGUGACAGCAGCGGUGAAUGUUUCUUGGGCGGAUGAUGGGGUUGGUCACGCAGUCGCCCGCUCUUUGGCGGCUGGGCGAAGGGGGAGGAAAGGGAGCCGAUCGGGUGGAAGGAGGUGGGGCUGCGGAGAAAGAGGCAAAGGAGGGGAUGAUCUGUGUUGAAUGUGGGAGCGAGGUCCAGAAUGUGUAUCAUGAAUACUCCAGGGGAAACAUUCGGCUCACACGCUGUGGAACAUGUCACCAGUAUGCUGAUGCCUAUGUGGAGUUCGAACUUGUGGUCCUGGUCAUAGAUCUGAUUUUGCACAAGCCGCAGGCGUAUCGACAUCUAUUCUUCAACUUGCUCAGACAUGAUAAACAGAAGCGGAAGGCACUCUUUUGGAAGGCGGCUAUACUCAACCUUGUGCUUGACUCCUGCUGGGGACCUGUUCUCCUAAUUGGCACGAUCCAAAUUCCAGUGGACAAUCUUUGGCUCUUUGCUUUAUUUGCUUCAAAGUCGUUAGUCCGGGCAGCGGUGCGGAACCUGGUGUAUGUUGCAGGAGUUCUUCUCAAGGAAUAUUGGCAACGGAGAGCAGGCGCUACUCAUGGGUCUGUCCGCUCCAGGUUUAAUUGGAGUGAUGCAAUCUUUGCGCUCUUGUUGUCAAGCUUCUUCAAGUUUUUCCUGCUUCCUAUGAUGGUGUGGAAGUUCACUCCAAAAAUGGGCGUCCUUAUUCACGCGAUGAUUCUCACAUCGAAUACAGUGGCCCUCCAAGUGGUUUUGAAAUCGUCGACUCUACAUGCUGCGACCGCUAUAAUGGCUGGCGUUCUGGCACGUUUUCUUGUCAAUUAUGCUUUUCUAGGGUUCGGGAUGAGGCCAGUUGGUAUUGCCUUCCAACUCUUGCGUUUUUUUUGCUUCCGUCGUUUUCCCUUGCCUUCUUCUCAUCUCGUCUCGUCUCGUCUCUUGCUUUUGUUGACUCUCUAUGAUCCCAAUUUGGUUCCGUGUUCUGUUUUGUCUCGUCUCGUCUCGUCUCGUCUCGUCUCGUCUCGUCUCGUCUCGUCUCGUCUCGUCUCGUCUCGUCAAGUCUCGUCAAGUCUCGUCACGUCUCGUCACGUCUCGUCACGUCUCGUCUCGUCUCGUCAAGUCUCGUCUCGUCUCGUCUCGUCUCGUCUCGUCUCGUCUCGUCUCGUUUUUGGUUUAUGAAAGGGGCGAUAGCCUUGAGAUAUUCUCAUCGAAGUGACCAGGCGCAGGUAAUUCAGAAUUUUCAUUCAUCUUCUUCUCUUCGGAUCCGAACAUAGGGCUGUAUUUCAACAGUUCAUGGGUGUACCAACUGGACUAACUUACUUAAGUUGGACCAAUACAGAGAAGAUUAGCAUGGUCCCUAUGAAAAGA